AUGACAACAUCACGCAAUAUUCUUGGUGCAGAUGUAUUUGAUCAAAAUUUGGAACAUGUUGCAUUGUUAUCAAAUCAAUUGGUACCAAAUGAAUAUUUUACCAAGGAUUUAGCUGAAUUUUGUGACCAUGCAGCGUACCACGGUGAUAUUCAUUCGAUUUCAAUGCCUAUAGUUCUUCUCAACGUGGCAGCCACAAGUACUGAAAAAAGUGGUAUUUGGCGCUCAAACGGAGCAAGUAGUGGUGGUGUAAUCGUGACAGCCUUGCAGAGGAAAUCUAACGGCUCUCAAGUUGAUACAUUUUUUGAGCGACUUACGAUUUGGUGUUUACGACCACCACCAUUAAUGUUUGUGCCAGAAAAUGAAAAGAAAAAGCCGACAAUGGACAGAUUUCCCUCUUUUGAAGAGUUUUGUGUUAUUUUAGGAUUAUUUGAAAAUUUUGAACUAUAUUAUGACGUUGAUGGUGAUAAAAUGAUGGUCGAUUUUGGUAAUAAGUAUACAGCAUUAGGUAUGCAUACCAUUUUAAUUUGA